GGGAGCGCGGUGUUGGAGCGCGGUCGGUCGUGUCAGCACCAGCCCCUUUCCCCGCACCCUUCCCUGUGACAGCCCCGGUGCCAGGGCUUUGGGCUCGGCGAUGCUCUCGGGGGAGAGUCGGGGCCUACAGCGGGUGUUUUACAGCAGCUGAUGUGGAACUGUAGGGUAGGACAGGCACCCCCGCCUUGUGGAAGUGCUCCCCUUGCUGUUCCACGUCCGAGACUCAGUUCCUUGGACUUUCUUCAGUAGCUUGACAAGCUGAAUUGCCACUAGGUGUACUCGCAUUCAGAGGCAGAGACGUUCAGCAGAAGAUAAAAUAAUCAGAAACUCACACCUGACUGAAACUUUUAGAGGAACUGAAGACUACCACAAGAGCAGCUCCAUCCCAGUUUGAAGGCAAAGUGUACUUCCCGCAACUGCAGCAGGCUUUUAACUUCCCUGUUUUGUAGAGACUAUCUGACUUUCUCCUGUUGUGGAUGACCUUGACAGCACAUCUACUCAGCCAUGUCGUACGGACCGGGUUUUGGGGAUCCUAAUCAGCUAGCCCAACGCAUAACUUCUAACAUCCAGAAGAUCACACAAUGCUCUGCUGAAAUACAAAGAAUACUACAUCAGCUUGGAACACCACAGGACACGCCUGAGUUGAGGCAACAGCUGCAACAGAAGCAGCAAUACACCAACCAACUUGCCAAAGAAACUGACAAAUACAUUAAAGAGUUUGGAUCUUUGCCUGCAACAAGUGAACAGCGUCAAAGAAAAAUACAGAAAGACCGUCUUGUGGGGGAGUUCACCACAGCACUAACUAAUUUCCAAAGACUCCAAAGGCAAGCUGCUGAGAAGGAAAAAGACUUUGUAGCCAGAGUAAGAGCCAGCUCAAGGGUGUCUGGUGGGGCUCCAGAAGAUAACUACAAAGAAGGAACACUUGUCUCUUGGGACAGUCAACCGCAAGCACAAGUGCAAGAUGAAGAAAUUACAGAAGAUGACCUCCGUCUUAUUGAGGAGAGGGAAUCUUCCAUUAGGCAGCUUGAAGCUGAUAUUAUGGACAUCAACGAAAUUUUCAAAGAUCUGGGAAUGAUGAUUCAUGAACAAGGUGAUGUGAUAGACAGCAUAGAAGCCAAUGUGGAAAAUGCAGAUGUACAUGUGCAGCAAGCAAACCAGCAGCUGUCAAGAGCAGCGAACUACCAGCAAAGAUCCCGAAAGAAGAUGUGCAUACUCAUUAUUAUACUUGCUGUUGGAGCAUUGCUUAUUGGAAUCAUCAUAUGGUUAUCUUCAAGAUAAGUCUCUGGAGAAAGCUUUGUACUUUGUAUUUAAAUUAGGAAAGGAAAUUCCUAGUCAUGGUUUGGUCAUUGUGAAGCUGAGUAAAAUAGUGGUUCUGUACUUCAUCACACUUUUUUUAUAAGACUUUUUGUUUUAACCUGAGAAAUAAUGUUCUCAGUACUGCCAUCAGUAUAACUGCCUGCCCUCUCGAAUGUGAGUGCUGUCUUACCAGAAAUAAACAGUCAAGGUCAUAAACUGUUCUGUUAACUUAAAACAUCUUAAGGUUUAGGGGGCUAAUCAAAGUGAUGAUAAUUUUUGUUGACAGGGUGAGUAAUUAUCUUUUGGGAUAUUGCUAAAUGUUGCUGCCAAAACAAACUCCUGAAUUGUUGCUUGAGGCAACAAGUUCACAUCUCAGAAUUUAAGUUAGAAAUGUAUUUCUUCUCUCUUUCCCUUCCAUCACAUUCAGCGACCCAUUUGAUAUGGGUGGUUCAAAAUUAAAAUGUAGGUUGCUGAAGUUGGUGUGAUCUCUCUUUUAUACCUGAAGCCUGUGAAUUAAGCCUUCAGUUUGCUUGAAAUCUUUUAGAUGCUCCAUUUUUCUCUGUAUCUGGCAAUCGAGUAUGGUUAUGUCUGGAAGCCUCCUGCAAAGGUAUGUAGGGUGAAUGAUGUAAUUAUGUGGAUUUUUUGUUCCAGUUCUUGCAUUAAGAAAUACUGUGUUUUAUUGCACACAUCUGGUAUCUUUGCAUCUGAAGUGCGCAUGAGUGGGUUUGGCUAGAUGAAAAUAUGCUCUAGUCUGUGACUUCUUCGACUUACUGGGAAGAACAGAAAUUCCCAAUCUUCUAGCUGCACUUGAAUGUCACUGUUCUGAAACUGUUGUGAUUGAGUUUCCAUGAACAGGUCCAAAGUUGUAUGUGAUGUCCUUCACACAGCUUAAGAAAAGAUUACAAGUUCAAUUCCAAGUUCAACACUGGUAUUUGAAAUUAAGUUAAAAUCGGUUGAACUGACUGAAAGUGUUUAAAAAGUUUGAUGCUUAUAGCCUUUAAAAUGAACUUUUUUCCUUUUGUGCCAUUUUGUACUAAUAUAUUAAAAAUGUAAAAACACUUUUUUGCCAAUUAAUUAUUUGCCUUUUUACUUAAUCUUGAUGAACUAAUCUGAAAAUUUUACAGAUGGAAAAGUCACUUAAUCUGUAUUUUAUAAAGUUCUUCCACACCAGACUGAUAAAGAAUGCACUGUGUACAUGGUGAGCUAUGAAAUAUUAUUUGGGAACAAUCUAACUGUAAGCAUAAAUGAAUUGUAACCAUGCAACCAAAAUAAAGGUCUUUUAAAGAGUA